GAAGGGAGUGUCCAGCUCAGCCCACGGUUUCUGAUCAGCUACAAUCAAAUCGGGCCACUGAUCCAAAGGUAUCGGGAAAUCGCCGUUCUUAGGGCAACCUUUGGAAGAAUGACAAUGCGCAAAGCCAGGUGGAGGGCCUAGAGGACCGGCUCCGAUCCAGGAGGGACCCCCGAAAUCCAGCCGUGGCUCCAGUGGCCCGUGAACUCAUCCAGCCCAGACCCCAGCACCUUUGAAGGAUGUACAGCGCCAAGAAGCCCUAUGACAGCCCCCCUACCGGAUAUGGCCCCCCCGGAGAGGACUACGGCUACGACAACCACUCGGCCGGCCCCGGCUCCUACUACAUAGAAGACGCGCCCCAACAUUUCUACAAGUGGAACUCUCCCCCCGGCGUGGUGCGGAUCUUGGAGGCCAUCGGCGCCCUGCUGUGCGUGGCCAUCUUCGUCUGCGUGGCGUCCACCCUGGCCUGGGAGUAUGGCUACGGCUACGGCAUGGGCGGGGGCUACUACGGGGGCAGCAUGGGCGGGGGCUACUACGGGGGUGGCAUGGGCGGGGGCUACUACGGGGGCGGCCUGGGCGGGGGCUACGGAGGGGGUUACGGAGGCUACUACGGGAGCACGAUGAACCCCCGCUCAGCCACCGGCUUCAUGAUCGCCAUGUCGGUGCUGUGCUUCAUCGCCCUGCUGGCUCUCGCCAUCACCAGCAUCACCAAGUCCAGCGGCUCCCGCUCCCGGAGGUUCUACCUGGUGGUCCUCGUGCUCUGCGCCAUCCUGGCCUUCCUCAUGCUCAUCGCCUCCAUUGUCUACAUCAUCGGGGUCAACCCGCGGGCCCAGAUGUCAAGCAGCUACUACACCAACCCCAUGCUCGCCAUCUGCAACCAGAUGUAUGCCUCCGGGGGCUACAGCAUGAACCAGUAUCUCUACCACUACUGCACUGUGGACCCACAGGAGGCCAUCGCUAUUGUCUGUGGGUUCCUCCUGGUCAUCCUACUCUGCAUCAUUUGUUUCUUCGCUCACAAGACGCGCCAGAAGAUCUGGAGGUUUGGCAAACCCAACAUUUACUGGGACCGGCCGGUCGCCUCCCAGGAGGGGCCCAACGUGGAAGAGUGGGUGAAGAACGUUGCUGACCGGGCUAGCACCCAUGACGAGACGGCUACCUUGGCUUACUCGGAGAAGCCCACAAGCCCCGUCAACGCUCCAGCCAGCCCCUACAAUGACAGAGCCCCCGCAAAUGACUACUACUCUCCGCAAAACGAGAGCAGCCUGCCUCUCUACACGUCGCCCGACGGCAAGCCCGCCCGGACGUUUAGCUCCAGCACUUCGGAAGAGAAGGCCAAGGAGAGCCCCAGCAAGCCCUCCGCCCGCAGGGGACGGAGGCGGAGGAGGAAUCCCGAACUGGAGGAGUCCCAGUACGAGACGGACUACACCACUGCAGUGGAGUCCAGUGACGAGCGGGACCAGGAUGAAUGGAACAGCGUGUACCCGCCCAUAACCUCGGACAGCGCCCGCCAGGAGUACAAGCAGGAAUUCGAUACGGACCUCAAGCGCUACAAACAGCUGUGCGCCGAAAUGGACUCUGUCAACGACCAGAUCAACCAGCUCAGCAAACAGCUGGACCGCUUGGCAGAAGGCAGCCUGCAGUAUCAGGGCGUGGCGGAAGAAUACAACCGGCUGAAGGAUUUGAAGCGAACUCCCGACUACCAGAGCAAGAAGAUGGAAACCAAAUCACUGAGGAACAAGUUGUUCCAUAUCAAGAAGAUGGUGAGCGAAUACGACAAGCACAGAGGCUAAGCGCCGAACGGCCUCUGCAGGGGCGGAAGGAACCAACGCUUCUCGUUUUGUCCCUGCUGCGUCAAGGCCGUGGGCCGAUAGCGGACCAAACACGGAAAGGCCCGCUGUCUUCCAAGGGGUAUGUCCGUCGUCGAAGUGGCAAACUUUUUUAUCCAUCAGCGCAGCCGUGAAAUGACUCCCAACAGAUUCUUGGGCGUUAGGACGCUGGUUGUACAGAAGGCUUCGAGAAAGGAACCAAGCGAAACAGACUUGCAACUCCGUGGGUCUCACUCCCGUCGAGGGCCGGCCCACAGACCCGCUGGGUUCUGUUGCAAACCGGGCUUUUCAGUUUGGUUCCGGGUUUUUGAAAAGAAUAAGGACUAUCUCUAUUUCUUACUUUUGGUGCCAAAAAGAUACCCUCGCUCCGUGAGCUGUCGUGGCAAUAUGCCUCCAAUCAACAUUGUGCAAAGUUCUUUUUUGAAAUUCUCGUGGUGUGCCCUUCUACUCUCAUCUAGGUGGAAGAUCUUAUUGCAAUGGGAUUCCUCUGUCGGGAAAACUGUGGUUGGUGCAGCUCCCCAAAAUGCCAGGAUUUUAGACUGUGAUGGUUUUCCUACUGCCCCAAGGGUUGAGAUGUUACAAGGUCAUGUAACAGGGGCACAGGAACUCAGAACUGGGAGCCCAUAACUGGGCCAUCUGGGGGUCCCAAUUUGCCCCCUCCUGGGAUUCCCCAGAAAGCCACGCUCCCAACCACUAAUCGUUUGAUGGUUUCCCAAAUUUGUGCAAUUUUUGCGCCAUUCUAAAAGGCUAAAACUCCAAGCCCUUAGUUAGUGGCAAAAUAGUUUGAGAUUAAGGCUUGCUGGUAUUUUUAGCCCCAAUUUUUACAUCUGCUCGCCCCCCACCAGUGAAAAGCGGCCGCUGAGAGCGUCUCCAAAAUGAAAUGAGGCACUCAAGCUGGAAGGGGUUCUGUGCCCCAGACAUAUAAGAGAACGCUAUCAAUGGUGAUUAGUCAGGAUGGUGAUGUAUUGCCCCCAGUAA